AUGACCUCGACGAGUUCUCAGUCGCCGAUCCGGAUCAUCCCUCCAGCAUUGCCGAACAGGACCAUCAAAUCCAUCUUGACUUCCACAGAACCGGGCACCUCUGUCAAGGUUCAGGGAUGGAUCAGAUCUGCGCGUCAACAGAAGCAUGUCACGUUCCUGGAAGUGAACGAUGGAUCGAGUCUUAAAGGCGUCCAGGCGAUCCUUAGCGGUGGACAAGGCAAAGGAUUAGUGGCGGGAACGAGUGUAGAGCUUGAAGGAACGCUGGUCAAGAGUCUUGGCAAGGAGCAGGCAUUGGAGCUUCAGGUAUCUGACAUGAGGGUCAUUGGUCCCUGUGAUGGUGAGACAUACCCACUGCAAAAGAAGCGCCAUUCCUUCGAGUUCCUGCGCGAGAUCUCACAUCUUCGUUCAAGGGCCAAGACAGCGAGCGCGAUUCUUCGGCUCCGUAGCGCCUCGGCCUGGGGCUUCCAAAAGUUCUUUGAGUCGCAAGAGUUCAUCCAAGUUCAUACACCAUUACUGACGACCCAUGACUGCGAGGGCGGCGGAGAGGUCUUCAAGAUCGCGCCUCGGAUAUCAGCACGCGCUCAGCAGCAGGCCCUUGAGGAACACCAAAAUCAAUCCAACCCCACCUCAUCGUCUACAACAACCUCAGGCGAUAAGGCAGCGAACGCUAUCAUCGCUGCGCCCGCACCCUCAGACUUCUUUGGUUCACCUGUCUAUCUUACGGUCUCUGGACAGCUUCAUCUCGAGAUCGUCGCCAGCGCAAUCUCUCGAGUGUACACCAUGGGCCCCGUCUUCCGAGCCGAGCCUUCAAUGACUCCUCGUCAUCUCUCUGAAUUCUGGAUGCUGGAAGCUGAGAUCGCCUUCCUGGAUAAGCUCGAUCAUCUCCUGGAUUUCUCAGAAGCCUGCUUGAGGGAGACGACCCGUUAUCUCCUUGAGAACUGUGCCGAUGAUAUCGAGUUCUUGAAUACCUGGAUUGACAAGUCGCUCAAGAGUCGGUUAACCCAAUUAGUGGAGCAGCCCUUCGCGAGAAUGACCUAUACGGAAGCGAUCGAAGUGUUGCAGCGUUCUGGAGAGCGGUUCGAGUUUGAACCCAAAUGGGGACAGGGCCUGCAGAGCGAGCAUGAGAAAUGGUUGGCGGGAAGCCAUUGCAAGGGGCCCGUGUUCGUGACGGAUUACCCAGCUGGACUGAAGCCGUUUUACAUGCGAAAAAAUGACGAGCCUGCGAAAGCGAUCACAUCCUCUGGAGUAGAGGACCGGACGACGGUUGGUUGUGUGGAUUUGCUGGUUCCGGGCAUCGGAGAACUGAUGGGUGGAUCGCUCAGGGAGGAGAGACCGGAGGUGUUGAAGAAGCAGCUGGAUGAGUUUGGUCUAGAUCAGGAAGAGUACCAGUGGUACAUGGACCUGAGGAAGUUUGGCACAGUUCCACACGGCGGAUGGGGAAUUGGGUUCGAGAGGUAUAUCCUCAUGGUCACCGGCAUGGAUAAUGUCAGGGAUGUUAUUCCAUUCCCCCGAUAUAACCACCAUUGUAAAUUUUAA